ACAGAGGGAUUCCUCAGCAUUUGAACAAACACACGUUCUGGUCACGUGCCAAGGCUCAGAUCACGCUUGCGCCAGAGAAACAAGAUGGCGGAGAGUGCGGAAUUGAAGCAAAUGGUGAUGAGCCUCCGUGUCUCAGAGCUUCAGGUUCUUCUGGGAUAUGCAGGCCGCAACAAACAUGGAAGGAAGCACGAACUCUUGACCAAAGCAUUACAUUUGUUGAAAGCCGGCUGCAGCCCUGCCGUGCAGAUGAAGAUCAAGGAGCUCUACCGCCGCCGCUUCCCCACAAAGAUGGUGUCCCCGACAGACCUGUCUCUCCCUGGCAUACACUCCACAUCUGGAGGAGCUCACGCAGGCCUGCCCACCAGCCUAACACAGCUGGGAUUUGAUGGGCACGGUUCACCGUCUCUACUACCUGUCGCACUGCUUGGGCCAAAGCAUGAGCUGGGCCUGCCCCACCUGCCCUCCGCCCUUCACCCAGUCCAUCCAGACGUCAAGCUACAGAGGCUGCCCUUCUACGAUCUACUUGAUGAGCUUAUCAAACCCACCAGUUUAGCCUCAGACAGCAGUCAGAGGUUUCAGGAAACAUGUUUUGCGUUUGCACUAACGCCUCAGCAAGUUCAACAGAUCAGCAGCUCAAUGGACAUUUCUGGGACCAAAUGUGACUUCACCGUGCAAGUACAGCUAAGGUUUUGCUUAUCAGAGACAAGUUGUCCUCAGGAAGAUCAUUUCCCACCCAACCUUUGUGUAAAAGUGAAUGGAAAACCCUGUAACCUCCCUGGAUAUCUUCCUCCAACCAAAAAUGGAGUGGAGCCAAAGCGGCCGAGCAGACCCAUCAACAUUACCUCCCUGGUUAGGUUGUCCACAACAGUUCCCAACACCAUUGUUGUCUCCUGGACGUCAGAAAUAGGGAGGAGCUACUCCAUGGCAGUGUACUUGGUCCGACAGCAGUCCUCCUCAGUUUUGCUACAGAGACUACGAUCAAAAGGCAUUAGAAACCCAGACCACUCAAGAGCACUCAUCAAAGAAAAGCUUACCGCCGACCCUGACAGUGAGAUUGCCACCACCAGCCUGCGAGUCUCCUUACUUUGUCCGCUCGGAAAGAUGCGGUUGACGAUUCCCUGUCGAGCGCUCACCUGCUCGCAUCUACAGUGCUUUGAUGCUACGCUCUACAUCCAAAUGAAUGAGAAGAAACCCACCUGGGUGUGUCCGGUCUGCGACAAGAAAGCUCCAUACGAGCACCUUAUUAUUGACGGGUUGUUCAUGGAGAUUCUGAGCAGUUGUGUGGACUGUGAUGAGAUUCAGUUUAAAGAAGAUGGCAAUUGGGCUCCUAUGAGAUCCAAGAGAGUGGUACAGGAAGUGUCAGCAUCGUCAAACGGCAUUGAUGAUUCGUGUCGGUCGGUUGUAUCGGACCACAGAAACAGUUCGUCCCAUAGCAGUAAGAAAGUUGAGGUAAUUGACUUGACGCUGGACAGCUCCUCAGAUGAUGAUGAUGAUGAUAACGACGAGCCUCCACCUAAAAGACCCUGUCCAUCUCUAUCUCCCAUCUCCCCACCUGCCAACAAAGGAGUGUUAAAUCUACAUCAUCAGACGUCUCCUCUGGCACGGGCUCCCAGCAUGCCUGCAAUGGAGACAAACUACAUCCCUCCCCCUCCUCCUCUCAUCCAGGAUUAUCGUCACUAUUACCACACCGCCAAUGACCUGUCAGAUCUGAAUUUCUUCUCAUUUUUACAAGGGGACAAUCACCAGCAUUAUAACAUGGUCAUGGCCGCUGCAGCCGCCGCCUCAGCCUCUGCGUCAGCCUCAGAAGACCAUGAGCUGCUGCUGAACCGUUUCAUGCCCUAUGGUUCGUCACAGCUCUUCCUGGAGCAGUCGGGGACGUCGGCGAACAGCUCGCUAGUGCCUGCCAACGGCAGCGGGGGCAGCAGCAGUGGAAGCAGCAGCAGUCUGGUGUCCUCCAGCAGUCUGAGAGACAGCCACACACACACCGGCGCCUCCCGCUCGCGCUCAGACGCCGCCGCCUCCGUAAUAUACGGCUCCAUCCCCGAUGUCAUAUCACUGGACUGACCACACUGGGGCGCCCUGCAAACGAACAAGCUUUUAUCACAAACAGCUGGAGGGCGGAGAAGGAGCUUUGUGCACUCGUGAUAGGAUUUAGACAUGAUUGGGGGGGAAAAAAGAGAACAAAGACUUUUGUAAAGAGAAGAAUAAAAUUGCUGUGUACAGAGAAGAAAAAUCUAUUUUCAGUUUUACUUUUGUACAUAAACAAUAGGACGCUGCCUACCCAGUGAGUGACUUCAGUUGGUAUUUUCUCCAUGGAUACUGAAGAUUUUUCACUGCUCUGUGUGUUGUUCCUCGAUUAUCUUAUUCUGUACCUUUUAUACUUUUUUGCUAUUUUAUUUCACUUCAGAUAAUUAUUUUAGUCACAGUAAUAGAAUGGCAGUCAUCUUCAUCCUUUUUAUUUCGAAGACUCUUUCCCUCAGCCAUGGUUUGAUCAGUGAGGGAACAUCACAUUAUUUAAUGCCAUUAUCCUGUGCAGGUAAUUUAUUAUUGCUUUAAGUUAUGUAGGAUGUAUGCUGUACAGAAGCAUUCCCUUAUGCCAAUACAGGAUCUAGCCACGACAUGCUUGAACAGUCGACAGAGGUCACAUCUUAUUCCAGCUACACUUUCUCAUUCAACACCACGUUAAUUACGUAAGAAGCGGAGUUUAAAGGCAUCAGUACCCAGAUUCGCUAGUAAGUAGACUCUUGUACUUUUAUUCACGAUCGUAUAUCCUUUGAUGAUUUUUUUUCUGAACUAAACCUCAAGAGAUGAGGUGAAGUUUGCAAAAACAGCGCUGAGGGUAUCGGACACUUUAGUAUACCUCAUUUAGUGUGUUGCAAAGAUGACUGAAAAAUAACCAGAAGGAUGUUGCCGUAGCCGUAGUGCAGCAAACCUAUAUCAAAUGCCAUUUUAAAGGUCGAGAACACAACGUAUGAAAUGACAUUUUCUCGAGGUCUGUGUUGGCUUGGGCUACAAUUACAAUUGGAACCAACCGUUCCAACGCAACCGUUAUCUGGGUUUUGAAAGUGUGUUUGGAAGGUGACCGAAUUGCAACAUAAUCUGUGCUGUCUAUUUUCAUCUGUGUUAAACUGAAUUUAUUUAUUUUAUCUAUAUAUUAUAUUUUUACUAUUUGUUUGAUGAUCAUGCAUUUAUUUCGUAAUUAUUUCAAGAGCUCUUAACACUUGCUUUGCGUCGUACAAGUAGCUAAUUACGUGUCCUCGUCUCUUCUUCUCUCAUAUUUGUACUAUAUGAGACUUCUUCUGAGGCAUUAAUUCCACAAUCAUACUUGCUGUGUCAGAUUCAACUUUGGUUGAAGUGAAACUGUUUAAAGGACAAAAGCCAGCUGGCUUUGUUGUGAAGUGACAGCUGUAUUUGAUUUGUCAUUGAUUGUCCUGCAUUAAAAAAAAAAAAAAAAAAAGGUUGUGGAACCGCUAAUGUUGGACCUGGAACGUUAGAACGUACUUUUAAUCACUCGGUGACAGCCAGUGCACAGGUCGCUAACCUUUCUGAAUGAGUGAUUUUUGUAUUCAAAGUGUUGAAAAUUAACAAUUGGAUUGAUGAACCCAUGCUCGUUUAAUUUAUAUAUUUUUACAUUUGCACUGAGUUACGUAAUAGCACACAAAAUUGAGACGGCCAUCGUUCUACACGGAUCUCCCAUUUGACAUCGCACUGAAAUCAUACAUUUCACGUGCCCGCUGAACCGCUACGUCCUUGAAGUAAACCACUAGACAGUCAGUCUGUUAUAGCUGUACCAAUAACUGGCAAGUAUGAACUCUCUGCCUUAAGUUCUUCUCUUACUGUAUGGUACGCUAUGAGAGAAACCAUUAUGUACAGGAAACCAAUACCAGUUUGUACAAAAUAUUAUAUGAAUUAUUUAUUAUUUGAAUUGGGAUACGUUGUUUACUUAAUGAAUGUUACUUGUUUAUGUAGAGAGCGGUUUAGCUGUAAUAAAACAAAUACAUUAAAUCUUUUCUAUUUCUGUCUUA